GCGAAAGCUCUUUUUCCUCUGAAGAGUCGAGCACGUCUGAGCAACAUCUCAUACCAUCAACACCCACAUACGACACGUAACACACUCACAUUACAUAGCAUUGCCCUCAUCUUUCUCGACGAAUACGUCCUCCGAGCGAGUGAACCCCGAGCCGAAGACGUACAUCCAUAUCUCCUGUCGCACACAUAUUCGAGCUCGAUCACUGCAUGAGAGUCUUGCCGCCGGUCAUCAAGGAAUGAAAUCGCCGACGAAGCUAUCGCAAACUCCACUACACACCCGCCAGUGAUGACCACCGUCACCGCAGACUGGUUCUCCCAACCGUCUCCGCCAGCAACGAUGGACAGACAGGCCCGAGAGCGGACCCGAAAGAGGGACUCGUCAUCCGUCAGUUUGGCAUCGUCAUCUGCCAGCAUGUCAUCCUCAAGCUCGACCGCCACGCUAGCCGGCCAUCAAGGGGGUAGUCAGACACCGGGAAGGGCAGCACUUGUCCACCAUGACUCUCUGACGCCGACGGCGACGCCAACAGCGGGUGAACAGUCUCGAUACUACCAAAGCAAUGACGACCCACGGCGCAGUAGCACAGGACCGAGCGAGACCAUCUUUCAGAGUCCGGUCCGUGACAGGUUUGAUCGUCACGAGCACCUCUUACGCGUCGACACGCUCCUGUCGCCAUCGAUACCGUCAUCGUCAGAGGUCUCGUCCGUCGGCAGCCUGUCGCCCGUUUCGCUUCAGCCACCCUACCAUCACCAGGCGAAUUGGAUGUCCUCUCCUCACACGCUGGCGAGCUACGACCGAGCAUCGCUCUACGAAUUUGCGCAACAACAGCAACAGACUCAGUCGGCUCAGCCAUUGGCGACCAGUCGAGCAGACACGUCUCGUCAGGAUCUACAGCAGCAGACUGAUCUUCAGAGAGCCGCUCAGAGUUUUGCUAGUCCGCCCCUCUUGCACCGGACUUGGUCAAACCAGUCCUCAGUCCACAGCAGAGGUUCCACCAAUCUCACCACGCCCUCUGUCACGUCUAGCUCGUCCCUCUCGGCCUCGUUUGGCGCCCAGCAGCCGUCUGUAGGCCAGUCACUUGCUUCCAUGACCACCAACGGUACCCGUGCCCAACAGCAGCAACAGCAGCAGCCCUUGUCGCUGCAUCACCACUCAGAGUCCGCCUCCUCGACCGCUUCUGCCAAGGCUGCCGCAAGACGUGAAGACCAGUUCAACUCGACCGUCGCUGGUCUUGCGAGUCCGCUCAGUCCUCACGUUGAGCCUUUUAGCCCCUCUGGUUCUAGCUCGAGCAGUUUGGCCGGCAUGACUUCGACCACGGGAAACAACAGCAGCAGCAACGGCAGCGGCAGUGCAAAUCACGCUCAACAAUUUUCUUCUGCCAACACAGGUGGCAUCAUUGGUGAUCGUCAGCAGCCCUCAUCUUCUGCUGCCUCGUCCAACAGCGUCAGCCCGUCACCGUUUCGCGAUUCGGAACCUCGAUGGCCGACACCUUUUGGGGACGAUGCCGACACAGCCACCAACGGCAGCAGAUCGUCAAAGUACUCGCCCACUCAUUUGCGAGAGACUGCUCUCUUCCCCCAAGGCUUGGGUCUCCAGCGCACGCCACUCGAGCGCACGUCACUUGCUCAAGCUCAAGCUCAGGCCGGGUCGCGUCAGCUCAUGGUCGACCAGCUCAGAGCAGUCCAGCAAGCUCAGCAGAACGCUGCUGCAUUUGCGCAGCCUCCACAGAGCAAGACGCCGUCGGGCAUGCCCAUGAACGCCGAAUUUGCGUCGCUUGCUGCACUCAAUCAGCUCACCUCGCCUCAGCUGGGCAACACGGGGUCAUAUGGCACUACGGGCAACGGACUCGCCAAUGCGAGCGCCUUGGCAGACUUCAUGCAAGCUCAGCAGGCCCUCAAUGCUGGUCAGGCGCCCUUGCUCGCCAACACAAGCCUUUCAGGCGGUCUCAGCUCGCUUGGCAUACCUGGAAAUGGUCAGGAGGAAGUGAGCACGAUCUUUGUCGUCGGCUUUCCGGACGAUAUGCAAGAGCGCGAGUUCCAGAACAUGUUCAUCUUCUGUCCUGGCUUCGAAGCCGCCACGCUCAAGGUCCCGCCCGGAUCGUCAAGCUCGCAAGGCGUAGAGACAAACUUUGGCCUGAAUGCUUAUGACGAUGCAUUUGGCACAAACUCGAUCGAGUCUACGCUCAAUCACUUUAUGCAACAGCAGCAAUCUCAGCAGAGCAAUCCACAGUCGGCAUCGAUGGCCUCGCGCAGACAGAUCAUCGGCUUUGCAAAGUUCAAGACACGUACGGAAGCGAUUGACGCUCGCAACAUCUUGACUGGUCGCAAAGUCGACGCCGAGCGUGGCAAUGUGCUCAAGGCAGAGAUGGCCAAGAAGAACCUGCACACCAAACGUGGCUUGAGCAACGAUGCACCCCUCGGUAGUGCCACGACCAAUGUCGGCAAUGCUGCCGGCAACGCAUCGAUCGCGCCUUUGCUCAAUCUCGCACGCAAUGCUGCACGCGCAGAAGGUAUCAUCUCGACGCCCAAUCUUGCAACUCUCGGUGGCAGUCCUAGCUUCGAUCCUGCCAAGAAUGCUCAAAGUGCUGCACUUGCCAGCCUCCGAGAGCGCGAACAAGAAGCUUUGCGCGCAUUGCAAGCCACUGCCGCACUCAAAGCUGCACGCAACAACUCGCUCGCUAGCUCUGCAUGGGCUUCCCCGCCCCAAGAAUCUCACGAUACCUUCCAAGAACGCCCUCAGGUCUUCAGAAGUCAGUCGGACUUUAUGGCGCAGAUGCAGCAGCGUGCCAUGUCUCCACCUUCAGAGUACCUUUCAUCCGGUCUCACUCAAUCCAUGGGUGGUCAGCGUAACCACUCGGCUGCACUGGAGCGUCUCUCGCAGCACUACGGUCCCUCUGCUCUCGAAGCCAUUCAGCACGAACUCGCACAAGCGAGCAUCAAUGACAAGGCAGCAGAACAGUAUGAGGCCGCAUCGCGCUCGAGCAAUUCUUCGCGUACGUUCAGCCCUCCCGCUGGAACGCAGCGUUCCGAGUCUGUCAAUCCGCCUUGCAAUACGCUCUAUCUUGGUGGCCUACCUUCGCUUGCUGCGUCGGCUUCUUCGAUUCGUCAGCUCGAAGAAACACUCCGACUUCAUUUUCAGCGCUUGCAAGGCUUCAGACGACUCUGUUUCCGUCAAAAAUCCAAUGGCCCAAUGUGCUUCGUCGAGUUCGAAUCGACCGAUGCCGCUACUCGCGCCAUGAAUGAGAUGAACGGCAACACGCUCGGAGGACUCGUGCGAUCUGGCAUUCGCGUUUCGUUCUCUAAGAAUCCCCUCUUCCUGCGCGGGCCCAGUCCACACGAUGGUGGUUCGGUCGGCUCUGCUCUGUCGCCUCCGCCUAUGACAAACGAAGAAAGACGAGGGGCGGGCUACCAAGCUUUCGAGUCCGAGAGAGCGAAAGAGAAAGAUGUUACUUGUCAUGUGUCCAUAGCAGCAACCCAUUCAUCACCUGCAAAAUCCAAGCCUCUGCAUUACCUUGUCUCGACAUACAAACGUUCUCGCUGCUCGCCCUUACCUGUACAAAUGCCCCCAACUUACGCAAACGCCCCCUACUUACGCAAAAUCCUCGACAAAGAUAGACUGACGAACCAGCCUUUGCCCUCUGAUGGUCAAUAA